CCGACAGGCAUCACAAAGACGGAAGAGAAGAAACUAACAAUGGCCUCCAAGAGCAGCAGCACCAACAACAAUGGCGCCAGUAUAUGCUCUGUAACUUCCCAUUUUCUCAAACUUUCUAUCCUCUCCAUUUCCAUUAUCUUUCUCUUUUUCUUCAUUGCUUACACAAACCAUCCGACAAAUCAAACUCCAUUUCAACUUUACGAAGACCCUCAGUUCCCACAAAAUUCCAUUAAGGUAUACGUAGCUGACAUCCCUAGAUCCCUAAAUUACGGCCUUUUGGAGAAAUACUGGUCACUCGAGGGAGAUUCGAGACUAGGAAGUGAACCGGAUAAUGAAAUCCGUUCUACACAGUCGUGGAAGAAGCUCAAUUUUCCUCCUUACCCAGAGAAUCCACUGAUUAAGCAGUACAGUGCUGAGUAUUGGAUCAUGGGUGAUCUGAUGACCUCUCAAGAACAAAGAACUAGGUCGUUUGCUAAAAGGGUUUUCGAUCCCAUCGACGCAGACGUAGUUUUUGUACCUUUCUUCGGUACCCUCAGCGCUGAGAUGCAGCUAGGUAUGGCAAAAGGGGCGUUCAGGAAGAAAGUGGGAAAUGAAGAUUAUGAUAGACAAAGGCAGAUGGUGGAUUUUGUAAAGAGUACUGAUGCUUGGAAACGAUCUGGUGGACGAGAUCAUGUCUUUGUUCUUACAGAUCCAGUAGCAUUGUGGCAUGUGAGAUCUGAAAUUGCUUCAGCCAUUCUCCUAGUGGUUGAUUUUGGUGGGUGGUACAAGGUUGAUUCCAAAUCAUCAUCUAACAGCUCGGCUUCUUCGUCCUCCAUGAUAGAGCAUACUCAAGUCUCGCUGCUGAAAGAUGUGAUUGUGCCUUACACUUAUUUAUUACCAAGAUUGAGCUUAUUAGCAGCAGAGAAUGGGAAACGUCCAACCCUUCUUUACUUCAAAGGAGCCAAACACAGGCAUCGGGGUGGCCUGGUAAGAGAAAAAUUAUGGGACAUGCUAAUUAAAGAACCAGAAGUAAUAAUGGAAGAAGGAUUUCCCAAUGCAACUGGGAAAGAACAGUCUAUUACAGGAAUGAGAACAUCAGAAUUCUGUUUGCAUCCAGCUGGAGACACCCCAACUUCUUGUCGUCUUUUUGACGCCAUUGAGAGUCUCUGCAUACCUGUCAUUGUCAGCGACAAUAUCGAGCUUCCAUUUGAAGGAAUGAUCGAUUACUCACAGUUUUCUGUUUUCGUUGCUGUUAGUGACGCUUUGCAGCCAAAUUGGCUUGUCCGUCAUUUGAGAAGCUAUUCUCUUCAGCAAAAGCGAAUAUUUCGUGAAAAUUUGGGUAGAGUUCAGCCUGUUUUCGAGUUUGAUAAUGGCAAACCAAGUGGGAUUGGUCCUAUUCCACACGAUGGGGCUGUGAACUAUAUUUGGAGGAAGGUUCAUCAAAAGUUACCAUUGAUUAAGGAAGCUAUUGUUCGAGAAAGGAGAAAACCUAAAGGUGUUUCUAUUCCACUAAGAUGCCAUUGCACAUAAAUGGAUUAUGAUCUAAUGAUCUUUGUAGUGAUUUAUAUGUUUUGGUUUUAUUUGUACAUCAUUUUUAAAUGUCUACUGUAUUUUCUAUGUUUCGAACAUUUAUGUGCUUAUUUAAGUUGAAAAUUAUUUAGGGUCUGAAAAUUUCACUUGAGCAAUCAGA